AAGCUUCCGCGUGUAAGGUUGGUAGCUACUGUCUGUACAUAACAACUUUGAAGCUCCAUAAUCUCUUCAACAUCUUGAUUCCUCAUUCGAAAAAUCACGAUACCUUUUGAUUCAGCUCUACCGUCAAUCACACUUGCGAGGUGCCCCAUUCCUCAAAUAUAGCUACGCAGUCAACUUCUACAAAAUGUCGGGUACGUUUGUUCUGGCGCGCCCGCUUCCAGACAAGCUUCCGGAGAAGCUCAAGCAGAUUAAGCUAACAGUUCUAAAUAGGUAGCGCAGGUUACGAUAGACAUAUCACAAUCUUUUCUGAUCAAGGAAGAUUAUAUCAAGUCGGUACGUAGUCAUAGACGCAAAUAGAACUGUUAGAGCCAUGGGAUUCGUAGGAUCUUCAGCUUUAUUGACCUACCGAGACUCCAAUCCGACGCAAACAUGCCAUGAUAUUUAACUAACUGUUCUUAUGAGGAUAGAAUAUGCUUUCAAAGCCAUCACCGCUGCGAACAUUAUGUCCGUAGGCAUUCGAGGAAAAGAUUGUGCCGUUGUCUUGUCUCAAAAGAAGGUUCCCGUACGACACAUUGUUCCAGAUUCUAUUUCUAAUUCAAUACUAAUAUAUUGGUGGCCCAUGUAGGAUAAGCUCAUCGAUCCAUCAUCCGUCUCCCACAUCUUUCAAUUGUCACCAUCCGUAGGAUGCGUCAUGACAGGUUCUAUCGCAGAUGCAAGAGCCUCCGUUCAGAGAGCUAUUGGCGAGGCUGCAGAAUUUAGAUACAAGUUUGGAUACGAGAUGCCGUGUGAUGCCCUGGCAAAGAGGAUCGCCAAUAUCAGCCAAGUCUAUACCCAAAGAGUAAGCUUACUUAAUGGAACCUCCGUCCGGGAUCUUGGAUGGUAUUGUAUCCUUCUUCAUCUUGCUAACCUAAUGAUUUUUUAGGCAUACAUGAGACCAUACGGUGUUGCAACCACCUUGAUAUCGUUGGAUUCUGAGUUUGGUCCUCAACUGUACAAAUGUGAUCCAGCUGGUUACUACACUGGUUACAAAGGAACAGCUUCGGGCCCGAAACAGCAGGAGGCGUUCAACCAUCUGGAGAAGAAGCUCAAGAACAAGGAUUGUGCAGAAGGUAGCUGGGAAGAUGUAGUGGAACUAGGCAUCACAACUUUGAGCACAGUACUCAGCGUCGAUUUUAAGAAAGGAGAAUUGGAGAUUGGUAUUGUUGGAGGCCCAAGAAAGAACGGAAAGGAGGGUACAGAUCCGGGGUUCAGGGCUUUAACAGAGGAGGAGAUUGACGAGAGGUUACAGGCAAUUGCAGAGAAGGACUAGUUGUCGAUCAUGAGUACAGAGAUGAGGCAAGAUGUCCAGAAGAAGCAAUCAUGAAUUACGUUCGGUGACACCAACGAAUGAUUGGCCAAGAAAUACUAUUGCUAUGAAAUUACAUUUAUGAUGACAAUUGCAUUCGAUACCGAGAAAGCAUAGACGAGAAAGCCACAUCUUUUUGUGUCAUCCCAUCAAUUAGGCGCAACAAUUUGUACUCUGCUCGGAUGAAAAAAGGAAACGAAACGGAAACAUAGCCUCAUUGUGGCUUGACUAUUGAUGUACUGAAAAUA